AUGGUCAAAGUGAGGGUCUCCACGCCGUCGGCACCCUGUCGCAACCUCACCGCAGGCCACGAGGCCGCCCAACCUUCCUCGCCCUCCGCCUCCGCCUCGCAGCGGGGGUUUCCCACGCCCGGCAGCAUCGCGGAAGGGAAAGACCACCAGGCCGAGGAGGCGACCUUUACCAAUGGCGCGCCGGUCAACACCAGCCUCCUCCUCCUCCUCCUCCUCCGGAACCUCCGCGGCGCCGUCAUCGACGUGGACCUGCCGUCGGACCUCUCGGCCGCCUCCCGCAUCUUCACGUGCCGCGCUGGCGGCGGCGACGGCCGGCACUUCAUCGUGUCCGCCGAGUGCGUCCGGGAGGAGCAUCCCGGAUUUACGCUCGUCCUCGACCGGGUGCUGAGCGAGGCCGGAGUGGCGCACGUCUACGCGGCCAUCCCGUUCUGCUGCUGGCCGGAGCAGGUCAAGCUGGGCUACCCGACGUAUACGGACCACCCCGACACUGCUUGCCGCGCGGUCGAGAGGAUGCUGCGGAGGGGCACGCGCGUCACGGUCGAGACACGCUUUGCAAACGAGUCCCACGCGAGACGGGCCGUUGCGGGGCUCGACAACAAGGACUUGCCGACGACGGAGGACCUCAAGAUGACGGCACAGCUCGUCACGUCGGCCGCGUUCGAAAUCGAGGAGGACCGGGUGGUAGCCAACAACAACAACAACACCCUGCAGCGGUACCUCGACAGACAGGCAAAGGUCUGGGAGGCGGAGCUCGUCGCGGUGCUCUCGCGUAGGCAGGACGGAUAUAUCUUGCUGGAGCUGCAAGGGCCCGACGGCCAGGCGGUGGCCCGGGCUAAGGCGGCGCUCGAGCGGAUCCUGGAAGGCGAGCUGCUGAGCCUGCGGGAGGACGCCGCGACCACCUCCCUCGCCAACAGCCGGCAGACCGUCACCACGCCCGUCCCUGGGCCUGUUGUUGCCGCCGACACAGCAGAGUCGGACAGCAGCGACUGCCCGGUCUGCUUGACCCCGGCCGAGGGCGCAAUCCACACGUCGUGCGGCCAUGUGUAUUGCGCGACCUGCUUCGUCGCGGUGUGCAGCCCUGCGGCCCUCUCCCCCUCGGCCUCCGCGAUCACCUGCAUCGGCAACGGGGCCACGUGCGGCGUCGCCUUCCCGCUCGCCGAGCUGCAAUCCCUCCUCCCGCCCGCCACGGUCGAAGGCAUCCUGGCCGCCUUCGCGACGGGGCACGCCUGCUACAACCACCUGGUCGGCUGUUGUAUCUUCAAAUACCAUCGAAGCCCUACUCUCACAAUACCUCCAUCGAAGAUUGCCGCGUCCAUCGUCGAGCUUGUGACCUAGUGUGAAUGGUAUUCCCAUUUAGCCGUAUCCAGCUGGCUG